CCCGUCGACAGGGUGAAGGAGCUGAGGAGGAGUCUGGCCGAGAAGCUGAAGCAGCUGAAGGAGCUGUCUCAGCUGCACGACGAGUACCGCAAGGCCCUCGCCGCCGCGGAGCUCCUUCUCAACGAAAUGGAGGCUUCCAUGGCGGGAGACCUGCUCCUGGCAACCUGCGAAGAGGUGCUUCAGGAGCAGGCGGCGGCGCACACGCGGGUGAGGGACAAUGGCCGCCGGCUCUCCGCGGACCUCGCCAAGAUGAAGCGACUGGCCGGCAAGCUGGGUCCGUCCGCGGGAGCCAAUCGGGAAGUGCGCCUCCUCUCCGAACGCAAGGACAGACUUGAGAAGAUGGCCGAGGAACGUCUCCUUUCAUUGGAAGAGGCCCUUGCGGAGCUCCAGCGCAGGCGUUCCGCGCUGGACCAGACCAGUGAGGAGCUGGACGAGCUCUGCCGACGGAUGGAUGCCCUUGGCGGUUCUCUGGGGCCUGCGGUACAGGACGCGGAGGUGCUGUUGACUGCUCUGCAGAAGCUUCUCUCGGAACUGAAGGACCUCCAGGGUCAGCUGGAGCGGCUCCAGGGUCCCGGACCCCUGGCAGAGUCCGUGGGGCGUCUAUCGGAGCGCUGUGAGUCCGCGCUCCAGCGUGGCCAGACGCAGCUGGGGCGUGCCAAGCAGGCCCUGGCCCUGCGGCAGCAGUACCACCAGCUGCGGGAGCAGGUGGCCCAGGCUGUGGCCCGCCUCACGGACACCGUGGCCGUGCUCGAGAAGGCCAAGAAACCGGCUGCCGAGAAGCUGCCCCAGUACGAGAACCUCCUCGCCCAGGUGGCCGACGCCGAGGGGCAGCUGACUUCGGCGCAGGACAAGGGCGAAGCCAUAGCGCAGGAGGGGUCCUCGGUGGACCGCAACACCCUCCUGGGAGACCUGGCGAACCUCAAGAGCCAGCUGGGGUCCCUCCGCAAGGCCAUCCAGGGCCUGCGUGCCCAGGAGCAGACGCUGCUGGCCGAGCAGCAGAGACAGCUGCACGCCCUGGAAGAAGCCCUCCAGGGGCUGCGAGCCGACGAGGCCCUCGCUCGCAGCCGACCACCGCUCGCCAUCCAGCCGGACAGCGUGGAUGCGGAGAUCCGGAGCCAUCAGGCCCUGCAGCAGCAGGCAGAGAUCCAUUUGGCGGAGGCCCAGGAGCUGCAGGAGCAGCUGUUCCAGGAGCUGCCCAGCGAGCUGCUGGCCAGCCAGGCCCAGGAGGCGCUGAGCGAGCUGUCCCUACUGCGUGCCACGCUGCCCCAGCAGCUGCAGGAGCGCAGCCGCUACCUCGACUCGGCCAGGGCCGUACGCCGCGACUACUGGGCACAGCGGGACACGCUCGUGGACUGGCUGGACCGGGCAGAGGGUGCCGUGGCUGCCGCACAGGACGGUGUGGACUUCGACGGCCUGGACAGCCGUUGCAAGGAGCUGCGGGACGUCUGCUCGGAGACGACGGGCUACGGAGAGUGCCUCCGCAGCCUGCAAAACCUGCUGACCCAAAUACGGCCCACCAUGGACCACGAGGCCUGCCUCCUCCCCGAACAAGAACUGUCCUCCCUCCAACAGCGCCUGACCGCCCUCGCAUCUGCCGCCCGGUCGGCCCUCGACGCGGCGCAGGGCGACCUCGCGUCUUGGGCCACCUUUGGCCGGCUCCGUGACCAGGUCGAAGCGCUCGUUGCCAAGCUGGAGCCUUCCGACGAACGUCCAGACUCGACGCGAGCGCUGCGGCGAGAGUUGCAAGCCCUGGGACGGCUCCAGGAAGACGCGCAGCGCGGUCAAGCCCUGCUCGAUCAGCUGUCCGAGGCGGCACGUUCGCUGGAGCGGCGGUCGGGACCCAAAGCACGCGGGGACCUCCCCGGCGCGCAGGCGGCGUCUCUCGGGAAGCGUUGGCAGAAGGCAUUGGACGAACUGCAGGCUCGGAAGGAGAGGCUCGUGCAGGCCCUGGCUCACUGGGAGGCGCUGUCGCAGUCUCUGGCGCGAGCACGCGCGACGAUGGAGGCGCGGGAGCACGACCUCGCGGCCAUGCAGCCUCGACUCCUCGACGUGGUGGCCAGCGAGGAGGCGCUUCAGAGUCUCCUGUCCCAAGUGACGUCGGACCCGUUAGGACACCAAGUGGAGGACGCCUGCCGCAAGGCAGAGCCCGUCUUGUCGUACCUGGACUGGGCGUCGCAGCCGGCGGCGUCUGCUCUGCGCAGCGAGCUUCAGGCUCUGCGUGACCGGCACUCGCAGUUGAAGAAGUCGGUGGAGCAGCAGCUCGAGGGAGUGCGAGAAGAGAGGGCAGCCCAGGCUGCCCUUGAGGAGAAGGUCGCCUCCCUGAGGGAUGCCCUGCUCAAGAUGAACAGGGACAUCGCCUCUGCGCCCACGUGUGCAGACGAUGAAGAAGAGGUGGAGAGGAACCUGCAGGAGCUGCGGGAUCGCCUGAGCGGGCUGGACCGCGAGCUCCAGGCAACCUCUCGCUCGGCCCACGAGCGCUAUGGAGACAAGCCGCACGGAGUUCCCGAGGCAGUCGGGCAGGCCCUGGCCUCGGUGGAACUCCUGUCGGAGAGCGUGCUGGCGGCCCUGGAGGGCAAGGAACGGGAGUACAAGAAGGCGCGGACGGCACGCUCGGACUACUGCCUCGGGGUUAAGGCCCUGGUGGAGUGGCUGCGCAAGGCACAGGACGUGCUGCAGAGGAAAGGGUCGUCCCCGGAACACACCAAGGAGUCCUUAAUGGCCCUGUCGUCCGAGUUGCCAGCGGUGCGUCGCGACGCCGAUCGCCGGGUGGUGCAGAGCGGGCAGCUGCUGGCGGAAUGCCUGGGCGACAGCGAACAAGCUCAGGGAGUCCGUGUCACCGUGGCUUCCCUCGGAGAUCAACUUCAGCAGGUUGACUCGUGGAUCCAGGAGCGCCUCUCCGAGGUGGAGGACUCCUUGGAAGCCUGGGCACGGUUCCUCGAGCUACACGAAGCUCACAAGGCCUGGCUAGAACGCAAGGAGGCGGUGCUGGCAAAGCGACAACCCCUGAACACGCUGGCCGUGGCAAGGCAGUGCUUGUCUCAAUGUCAGGAGGCGACCCGAGACCUGCCCAGCGGCCAGGGCCAGCUGACGGAGAUGGGUGCCCUGGUUCAGCGCAUCGGCCAGUCCUGCCACGUGGGGCCCCUGUUGGAGAGGCUGGACCAGGCAGAAGAGGGCCAGCGGGGCCUGGAGGGACGCCUGGUCCAGGAACAGGCCCUACUCAUGGAGCUUGUCGAGGAGUGGGAACAGUGCGAGCGCAAGGCCAGGGACUGCCAGGCCUGGCUGGAGAGGGCACGCUCCUCCCUAGAGGCCCCCCAGCUGCGCAGGAAGAGCCUCAGGGACCAGCUCGCACUCAGAGAGAAAAUGCUGGCGGACCUGUCCAGUCAGCAGACCAAGAUGGCCAUGUCCCUGGAGAAGCUGAGGGUGCACCUGCGGGGGUGGUCCUCGUGGGUGCCCGACCAGAACGCCAUGGUGCGCAGCUGCCAAGAGCUCUCCCAGCAGCUGUCCACUCUGCAGGCCGGCCUGGACACCCGCUGCCAGGAGCUGUCCGCGUGCCUUGCACAGGAAGAGCAGUACAGCCAGGACUUGCUCCACCUUCGCCAGCUCCUGUCCCAGUCGGAGCACAGGCUCAAGCUGGCACUGGGUGCUCUCGGCACCACCCCCGAAGAGAGGGCGCAGAACCUCAAGCUCCAAGAGGGGCAAGGCGACGCAAGCGAAACGGGCCGGCCAGCAGACCUUACGGACGGUGCCACCCAGGACUUCGCGGGCUACCGGUCUCGUCCACGGGGCGUCGAGGGGCACCAGGCGACAGACGGCGUCGCUCCCUCGCAGGUGGCACGCACGUCGGCAGUUCUCGUCUCCACGGUCAGCAAAGGGUCAGUGGAGCGCCGGCAGGAGGGGCAGGGGUUGCGGGACGGACAGCCCUGGCAGCUCGCGGAAACGUUCACCUCGCGGCUUCCCGAAAGCACGCGAGUCGUCACGUCGGUACGGGAGCACAGCAGCACAGACGCCGUACUGGCGUCCGCGAUGGAAAACGUGGAGCGGUUGCUCGGUACGCGCACGUGGGCUUCCUGGCAGUGGCGGUCCUCCGAGAGCGGGAGCCCCUCCACGGAACCAACCGCGUCGCAGUCACCGUUCUAUCAGGGAUUAAUUGAUCAAGGUACCGGCCCACAAGACCGUUUAGAGACAAUGUGGACGGUGAGGCGGCAGGAACGUAGCCCGUCGCCCCUACCGCCCUCGGUGCUGGCGGCACGGGGGGUUGCGGAGGGGGACUCCUCGCUCGAAGGUGCCAGAGAGAUCGUUGGCACCGUACGCGAGGUGCCUGUCACUGUUGGGGAGCUCCACGGAGUGGUUCCGGGGGACCUUGGCAUGCUGUCGGAUGCCACCAUCGACCAGCAGCUGAGGACACUGUCUCCGUCCGGCGAGGAGCCACCCGAGGUUCAGGUGGUGGAACACGAGGCGCUAACAGCCGUCGAGCCACUAAGCCUGGUCUCUUCAAGAGUCGUGGAGGAUUCGGACGUCAGCAAGACCAUCGAGCUCAAGUUCCAGGAGAAGGUCCAGGUGGUGCACUACUCGUUCGAGCUCCCCUCCUUCGCGGAGUUUGGCCAGGAAUCUCCCGGGGAGUUUGAGGAGGCAGAGAGCUUCUCAAAGGAAGAAGCGACGAUCGGCCGGGCCGGUGCCGGCACCAUCGGUGUCGGUCAGGAAUGGCUGAGGGGGGCCUCUACAUCCGUUGCAGACAGGUUUGGGAACGACGUUUCGACGUGGCGCCAAGGCGUCGAUGACGAAUUGGUAGUCAGAGGUUUCGGAAUUGGAAAGACUAGUCAAAAAGACGGUGCACAGAGAUUAAACGUUCAAGAGACGGAAGAAGCGACCAGGGAGAAGGUGCCGGCUGGGGAGGAAGUCGAUACAAAGGCUCUCGCUGACCUUGAAACCGUCGAGCCUCCUCCCCGGGGCAAGAAGAAGAAAGGGACGGAUGACAAGGAGAGUGGCGUGUUCGGCUCGAUUGGCUCUAGUCCGAGGGAGCCUUCUUUCGAAACCUUCUCGGGUCGCCUCACAGCAGUGGACACCCCGCCAGCAUUGCCAGUACGGAAACAUAAACACAAACAUGCGGGCCACGGCACAGAUGAUGUCUUCGAACAAAUCGAACGGCAGUUUGCAUUACCUUUGGGAGGGAAGACCAUGUCUAAAGAAGAUGUCGAACACUUUGUUAGCGGUCCAUCAGAAAAACAGUACGAUGUCAGUUUGCUCUUUGCUAAAGGUCUUGCGGGAACUCCUGAACAAAAAACGGGAGUUGGCGAAAGGCCUGAAACAACCCCAGAGAUGCAGCAGGGCAUGCAACCUGAAUCAGAACUGGACGGCGAAUCUGUAGCCACCACCAUUGUCUAUAAGAUAACGUCUACCAGUUCCGAUUCGCAAACCGUUCCCGACGAUGCCUUUGUUGACGUGCAAGUUUCACGUCUGGAUUUCCUACGGUCAGCAGACGAUUCCAGUUUCUUUACUGGCAAGCUCGAGCCUUCUUCACCUGCUGAAACACUGACUAAACAGUCUGAGGGUAAACCGGUUUCUGGAGAGCAUCAGCGUCAAGAUCGUGACCUUGACAGGCUACGCCAUGAGAAAGACCUUUUGCCUAGCAGUCUGCAAGAAAGUACAGAGCCAGGGAAAGCGUCGGAACGCAAGAAAAAGAAGGGCAAAAAAGACGUUGAUCCCAUUCGGGCCGCCCCGGAAGAAACCAUUUGCAAGCAAGAAGGAGAGAAGAAAUUGGAAGACCAGGCGGAUCAGAUGGCUGAUCCAGCAACGCUCUCAGUGGACACUAAGGAGCCAAGCCGCGAGACAACCCCAGGGUCCGGAACAGAGAAACUGGACAAAGAAAAAACCGGUGGCUUCCUUAAAGGCAUCAAGACUGCCGUUAAAAAAGGAAAGAAGAUUGCGGUGCAGCUCCUUCAUACCAGCAACCGCGACACAGACAGGCACCCCAGGACGAGCGAGAGCGAGGGCCAUCCUGACGUGGAAGGCCAAGAACAAGCUCCUCAUCCCAGUGCAGCAUCAAAAGAUGUUGCCGGGAAACUGAAGAAAAAGAAGAAGAAAAAGAAGCAUGUGAAGGAAGGACCACAUCUUGUCACGUCUGUCGAAGGAGAGACCGACGAAGAUCCCGAUCUUGCGUCUGUUUCAAAAGAGUACCCCAAGCAGCUCUUUCCCGGAGAGCAUGAAAAUGGGUCAGUCCCAGGCGAGAAAAAGCUGGCAGACAGUGAAACAGGGUGGCAUCUUUCCAGAACUGUGAUUAGCACGGUUACAACAGACCUGUUUCCGGACGACAAGACCAGAAAGACUCCGCAGGACCUUACUAUGGCUACACCAGUUGGUGCAACUGUUCCUUAUAGCAUGGAAUUCUUCGAAGGGUCAGGAAAGCUGCCAGAAGAGACCACGGUUCAGUUGACUGCCCAAGAAACACCAAACAAGGACCCUUCCACACCAGAGCUCCUGGAGAAGCCUAGUAGGAAGGGGUACCCACACAGUAUGUCUCCUCAGGCUCUGCCUCUGGGGACGACAACAGAGCAGACACCAAAGAGCGAACUCGAACAAGGUGACGCAGCAGAUCACGUCGACUUGUCAGUAACUGAUCAAAGCAGUCUGCUUUGGCAUUUCAAGGUGGAUGAGCCCACUCCAAGCAUGUCAGCUGGUGUAAACUUCCCAUCUUGGGAAGGGCCAGUCACGAAGCACACAGUUUCAACAGUGGCUUCUAUUGAGGAAACUCGCAAGACAAUCUUUGCAGGUGAUAAAGAACCUACCGAAGUUACGUCGUUUAGCUUAGAACCAGAAAAAGACCAUGGACAGCCAACAGAACCAGGGUUACAGGAGGUUCAAGGGACUAUGCUACCCAAAAAGGCGGAUGAGGAGGUUGCUCUUGAGAGGGACGCCCCCACUCUUGUGAGCAGUUCUCUGACUUCUGAUGUGCCAGGGGCUGCUUCGGGCACAAACAAUCUUCACCCCCUUCUUCAGGUUGAGAGGGCAGUGCCUCUGAAAGAUUCUAGGGUUGUUACCCUGGAACUACUCGAGGACUGGGAGCUAGGACCCGAGCAGCCUGGAGUCUCUCCACAAGCAACUCCAAGUCCUCGCACUGAGGAAGACCAAGUAGUGAGCCAAGAGGCACCGACAGAGAAAAAGAAACAGAAGCCCGGGAAAAGCAAGACAAUGCCUAUCAGUGACGAUGAAGCACUUGUACCUCUGGCAUCUGAACCCCAGGAUGUGAAAGACACGCAUCCAGUGUACGAUCGUAUGGUCCUUCAGGAUGUUGUCAAGAAGACCACCUAUCUGAGAGACCGAGUAGAGCAUGUGAUGGACAAACCUGAAGAGUCCCCGGAAGAGCCCGUAUUCCUGAAGAUAAAGACAAAAAAGCCAAAAGGAAAGGGUGUGGACAGUGUGGAAUCAGUUGCACCUCUUUCAGUUGACCAGGUUGUUACCAAGCACACACUCAUUGUAGACUCCAUUCAGGUGCUUGAAAAGCCUGACGUCAAGGCUCUACCUGAGAGUAGUAACCAAGAGAAAAGUCCACUAAACCAAGUUAUGGCUGGAGAGCCAAAGGUACUGAGCUCUGACGAACCACUUAGUGAGCAGCCUGUUGAUGAGCUAGAAGCAACUGCUGUAACCGUGUUUGAAAGAGAUCCAAAGGGCAAUCCCCAAGAUCCAUCUCAAAGACCUGACUCCCUCAAGAAAAAUAAAAAGAAGCCAAAAGGAAAGACUCCUGGUGAUGAGCCAACCGACAAGGUUGUCACCAAGCACACAAUCAUCGAAGACUCGGUUCAGGUGCUCGAAAAGCCUGAGAGUGUUUUUAAAGAAAGGAGCACAUUCGGUCAAGUUAUGUCGGAAGAGCCAAGUGCACCAGGUCAUAAGGAAACUCCCACUAUUCCUGCCACUGAGCUGCCCACAAAUAUGCGUGUAGGAGUUCCAGUUAGCACAGCUUACUCUGACAAAACAAAGAAACCCCAAGAACCUUCUCAGAAACCUGAAUCUCUCAAGAAAAAGGGAAAGAAACCAAAAGGAAAGGCUCCAGGUGUAGAGGAAGCCUUUACACCUCUUCAAACUGGUGAAGGGGUCACCAGGCACACUCACAUCACGGACUCAGUCUUGGUGCUUGAAAAACUAGAUAUGAAGGAUUUGUCUGAGGACAUAGACACAGAAAAGAGUCCAGUUGACCGAGUUCUGGCAGGCAAAUCAAAGGCACCAAGCCAUGAAAAAACUUCCAGUGCCCCCUCCGCUGCACUGCCUACAGAUACCCAAGGAGAGACUCCAGUAAUCGUUCCCGACAGCAUCGUAAAGGACAAGCCCGAAGAGUUAUCUCAGGAACCCAUAUUCCUGAAGAUGAAGAUAAAGAAACCCAAAGCAAAGAGUCCAGGGGGUGAGGGAGGCACACCUGUCACAACUGAUAUGGUGGUUGCCAAGCACAUUCUUAUUCAGGACCCUGUUCAGCACCCUGAGGUGCCUGAGGAGAUUGUCAGUGACAACAGCCCAUUCGACGAAGUUCUGGCAGGAGGGUCAAAGGUACCAAGCCAUCAAGGAACUCCCACCAUACCUUCCACUGUGCAGGUUUCAGAUAUCCAAGAACAUACUCCAGGCAGCAAGGUGGAAGAUGAUGAAAAAGAUGAGCCUGAACCUGUGUUCCUGAAGAUGAAGGUAAAGAAACCCAAAGGAAAGAUUCCAGAUGAUGCAGAAACCAUCACAUCUCUUCCAACUGAUCAGGUGGCAGACAAGCAUACCUCCUUUGUGGUCCCCCUCCUUGAGAAGCCUGACACCACACGUCUACCUGAGGAUAUCAGCAAAGGCAAGGGUUCAGUAGACGAAGAUGUGACACGCACGCCAAAGCUACUGAGUCGUGAAGAAACUCUCACCAUCCCUGCCACUAAGUUGCCAACAGAUACUGACAAAGUAACUCCAAUAUGCAGACUUGACAGUAACAGAACCGACAAGGCCAAAGAGCCAUCUCUAGAAUCCGAACCUCCAAAGAAGGGAAAGGAACCAGAAGCCGCGACUCCGAGUGAUAGGGCUGUCACACCUCCCUCAACUGACCAGGUAGUGACUAGGCACACCCUCAUUGUCGACCACAUACGAAUGACCGAAAUACCUGAUGGCAAAGACUUUGCACGGGAUGCAGGCCAGGGUAUCAGUCCUUUCAGCCAGCUUGUUUCUGAAAUGGUCAAAGCCCCAAGCAGGGAGGGUAGCCCUGGUGUUUCAGCUGGAGAAAAACUUGGAGAUGUUAGUGAAGGUGCCCCUGUGACUCUGAUGGAAGAAGACAAAGUAGACAAACCAGAUGUGUCAUCCGGUGAUCCUGGAAUCCAGAAGACGAAAGCAAAGAAGGGUAUGGCGGUAGAUGAGUUUGAAGAUCCUCUAUCUUCUCCAGCAGAUCACACCAGGACGAUUCACGUUGUGGACCAUGUCCAAGUUCUUAAAAAAACAGAUAACAAAGAUAUGCCAAAGAACAUGGAAGAAGGGGCCAGUCCUGUAAACCUGCUUGUGUUUGACAGUGCCAAGACACCAGACAGAGAGACUAGCCCUGGUGUUGCCAGUGGUGAGCUGCCUAGAGAUGUACGAGAGGGUACCCCCCUAACUGUGACUGAAAAAGAUAAGCAACAGGAACAGCCUGAAUCAAAGAAGAAAAAGAAAACAAAAAAGCAGAAAGGCAAGAGUUUGGAAGAUGCUGAAAGUUCCAUGUCCCUUCCUUCCCAUGAAGACCAAGACAAAAGUGAUAAGGAGAAGCCUUCUUGGCUAGGAAAAAUCAUUUCCACUGCCAAAAGCAUCCUUUCUGGGGAUUCUUCCAGCGAACACACAAUGACAACCGAUGAUGAUGGAACUAGAACCAAGGAGGAUAAAACACAACGCCUAUCUGAUGUCUCUAAAUCUCAGAAAAAAAAGAAAACCAGAAAACAAAAGGGAAAGACUCGAGAUGACGUUGAAACAGCAGCACCUCUUCUGACAGACCUUGACCAACCCACUUCUGCGCAUUUCCCAGAGCUUGAAACGCCUGAUAGGAAGGGUGUGCCACAAGAUGUGAGCAAAGCAGUCCGUCCUUCUGACCCACUCAUUUCUGGGGCUCAGAAAACCCCAAGCAGAGAGGAUAGCCCUGGUGCUUUUGCUGGUGAACCACCUGUCUAUGAGGGUAUUCCUCUUACUGAGCCUGAGGAGGUAGAGAAACUACAAGAGCCACCAGAGAAGCCUGAACCCCAGAAGAUAAAGAAGCCAAAGGGGAAGACUCAAGGGGAUGUCAAUACUACAAUCUCUUUUCCACAUGACAAAGACAAAACUAUGGCUGUUCACUUUGGUGAUCAUGUUGAAAUGUUUGAAAAUCCUGUUGAUAAUGGCCUGCCACAGGACACAGACAAACGAGCCAGUCCUUCCAACAAACCUGUUUCUGAGUCGGUGACAAUCCCAAGUAGAGAGGUUAGUCCAGGAGUUUCUGCUGGUGAACCACUUCAAGAUGUUUGCGAAAGUACUCCUCCGAUUGUCACUGAAGAUAAAAAGACCGUCGAACCACAAGAACCACUUGAGAAGUCGGGAUCCAAGAAGAAAAAGAAAACAAAGCAGAAAAAGGAUGUUCAGGCUGAUUUACCUCUUCUAACUGAUCAAGAUCAAAUCAAGACUACAUAUGUUUCUGACCAUGUCCAAGCACUUGAAAGUUCUGAUGACAAAGGUAUCCCAGAUGAUGGAGGCAAAGCAGUCAGUCCAUUAGACCAACUUGUUGCUGAGUUGGUAAGGACCCCAAGCAGAGAGGCUAGCCCGGGUGCUUCUGCUGAUGAGCCUCUUGGAGGUUUCCAUGAGGGCACCCCUAUCACUGUGACAGAGAAAGAUGCAGUCAAACCACAGGAGCCAUCUAAGGAUCCUGAAAUCCAAAAUAAAAAGAUGGCAGAGGAGCAAACAAGAAAAACCCCAAAAGAUGUUGAGACUGCUACGCCUCACCUUGCUGACCAAGACCAUAUUUGGACUUUCCACAUUUUAGACCAUGUUCAAGUGCUUGAAGGGCCUGAUGGCAAAAGCCUGCAGCAGGAUCCAGGCAAAGACACCAGGCCUUUCAACAAACUUGUUUCUGGGAUGGUAAAGACCCCAAGCGGAGAGAGUAGCCCUGGCAUUUCUGCUGGCGAACCACUUAGAGAUUUCUGUGAAGAUAUUCCAUUGACUGGAAAUGACAAGUCAGACAAACCACAAGAGCUGUCUAAGGAGCCUGAAUCCCAGGAGAACAAGGAACCAGAAAAAUCUAAAAGAAAAAAUCUAGACAAUGUUGAUUCUGCCAGGUCUUUUCCAAGCAACCAAGACCAGGCAGGAACUGUCUACAUUCUUGAAGAUGUCCAACUACUUGGAAGGCCUGAUAGAAACGAUUUGCCACAGGAUACUUCCAAAGGCACCAGUCCUUUCGACAAGUUUGUUUCUGAGGUGGUAAAGACCCCAAGUAGAGAGACUAGCCCGGGUGUUUCUGCUGGUGAACCACUUAGAGAUGUCUAUGAAGGUAUAUCUGUGACCGUGAAUCUAACGGACAAGCCACAAGGUCCACUCAAAGAGCCUGAAUUUCAGAAGGCUCAGAUAAUGGCAAGGGCGACAACUAAACCUCAGGAAGAUGACAAACUCGUAUCCGAGAUGGUUGACACCUCAGCCAGAGAAAGCAGCCCUGGUGUGUCAACUGGUGAAAUACUCAGAAAUACACAUGAGGGUACUCCUGUGAGCUUGAAAGAAAGCAAGGAGCAAAUGCAACUACAACCUGAUGACCCUGCAUUGAAGAAAAAGAAGAAAUCAAAAAAGCAAAAAGAAACGACUCUCCAGAACGACGAGCCUGAACAAGACAAAGGCAAAAAGGAGAAGGCAACCUGGUUAGGAAAAAUCAUCUCCACAGCGAAGCACAUCAUUUCUGGGGAUUCUACUGAAUCCUCAACACUAAUCACUGAAGACAGGACUGGAAACGACAAUAAACAGGAUGCUCCAUACAAGGAACCAUCUUCAAAAAAGAAAUCAAAGAAGUCUAAAAAACAAAAGUCCAUGACACAGCCUGUUGAAAAGAGUGAACCACCACAUGAGAAAGCAGACAUCACACCUGUCCCAAUGAAUGUGGGCAAACCAGCCUCUUCUUUCGAUUUACUGGUUUCAGACAAGGUCAAGACCCCAAGCCGAGAAGGUAUUCCCACCACCUUGGUCACAGAAGAGAAGGUGACAAAACCAGAAGAGUUGAGGGAAGAACCCGAAUUGUUGAAUAAAAAGAGGACGAAAAAACCAAAGGAAAAAACUCCAGAUGACCAGGAAAGAGUGGCUCCUCUUCCCACAGAUAAAGACAAGAUCAAGGGUGCAAUCGUGUUGGAUCAUGUCCAGAUCACUGAGAAGACGGACAUUUCACCUGUCCCAGAAGAUGUGGGCAAGCCAGUCAGUCCUUUUGAUUUACCUGUCUCAGACAAGGCCAAGACCCCAAGCCGAGAAGGUACUCCCAUCACCUUGGUGGAUACAGAAGACAAGGUGACAAAACCUGAAAAGCCCUUGGAAGAACCAGAAUUGCACAAGAGAAAGAAGACGAAGAAACCAAAGAAAAAGACUGCAGAUGACCAAGAGGCAGUGGCUUCUCUUCCCACAGAUGAAGACAAGCUCAAGGGUGCAGUCAUCUUGGACCAUGUCCAGAUCAUUGAGAAGAUGAACAUUACACCUGUCCCAGAAGAUCUGAGCAAGCUAGCCAGUCCUUUUGAUUUACCUGUCUCAGACAAGGCCAAGACCCCAAACCGAGAAGGUACUCCCAUCACCUUGGUUACAGAUGACAAGGUGGCAAAGCCAGAAGAGUCAGAAAUACACAAGAGAAAGAAGACAAAAAAACCAAAGGGAAAGACUCUGGAUGACCAGGGGGAACUGGCUUCUCUCCCCACAGAUGAAGACAAGAUCAAGGGUGCAGUAAUUUUAGACCAUGUCCAGACUGUUGAUAAAUCAGAUAUCACACUUGUCCCCGAAGAUGUGAGCAAGCCAGCUUGUCCUUUUAAUUUACUUGCUUCAGACAAGGCCCAGACCCUAAGCCGAGAAGGUUCCCCCGUCACGUUGGUUACAGAAGACAAGAUGACAAAACCUGAAGAGUCUUCAGUAGAGCCAGAAUCGCACAAAAGAAAGAAGAUGAAAAAACUAAAAGGAAGAACUCCAGAUGACCAGGAGGUGGUGGCUCCUCUUCCCACAGAUGAAGACAAGAUCAAAAAGGCAGUCAUCUUGGACCAUGUCCAGAUUAUUGAGAAAGCAGACAUCACACAGGUCCCAGAGGAUGUGAGCAAGCCAGCCACCCCUUUCGAUUCAUUGGUCUCGGACAAAGCCAAGGCCCCAAGCCGAGAAGAUGCUUCCAUUACCUUGGGUGCAAAAGACAAGGUGACAAAACCAGUAGAGCCAUCAGAAGAGCCAGAAUUACACAAGGGAAAGAAGACAAAAAAAGCAAGGGGAAAGACUCCAGAUGACCAGGAGGAAGGGGCUCAUCUUCCCACAGAUGAAGACAAGACCAAGGAUCCGGUAAUCUUGGACCAUGUCCAGAUCAGUGAGAGGAUGGACAUUAUACCUGUCCCAGAAGAUGUGGGCAAGGCAGCUAGUUCUUUUGACUUACUUGUCUCAGACAAGGCCAAGACCCCAAGUCGAGAAGGUACACCCACCACCUUGGUUACGGGUGACAAGGUGACAAAACCAGAAGAGCCAUCUGAAGAGCCAGAAUUGCACAAGAAAAAGAAAAAAAAACCAAAGCCAAGGACUCCAGAUGAUCAGGAAGUGGUGGCUCCUCUUCCCACUGAUGAAGACAAGGUCAAGGGUGCAGUCAUCUUGGACCAUGUGCAGAUCAAUCAAAAGAUGGACAUUACUCCUAUCCCAGAAGAUGUGGACAAGCCAACCAGUCCUUUUGCUUUACCUGUAUCAGACAAGGCCGAGAUCUCAAGCCGAGAAGGUACUCCCACUACCUUGGUUACAGAUGACAAGGUGACAAAACCAGAAGAGCCAUCUGAAGAGCUGGAAUUACACAAGAGAAAGAAGAUAAAAAAACCACAGGGAGAGACUCCAGAUAUCCACUUGGCAGUGGCUUCUCUUCCCACAGAUGAAAACAAGAUCAAGGGGACGGUCUUUUUCGACCAUGUCCAGAUCAUUGAGAAAGUUAACGUCACACCUGUCCCAGAAAUUGUGGGCAAGCCAGUCAGUCCUUUUGAUUUACCUGUCUCGGACAAGGCAAAGACCCCAAGCCGGGAAGGUACUCCCAUUUCCUUGGUUACAGAUGGCAAGGUGACAAAACCAGAAGAGUCAGAAAUACACAAGAAAAAGAAAACAAAAAAACCAAAGGGAAAAACUUCAGAUGACCAGGAGGAACUGGCUCCUCUUCCCACUGAUCAAGACAAGCUCAACGAUGCAAUAAUCUUGGGCUAUGCCCAGACUGUUGAGAAAUCAGACAUCACACCUGUCCCAGAUGAUGUGAGCAAGCCAGCCAGUCCUUUUGAUUCACCUGUCUCGGACAAAGCCAAGACCCCAAGCCGAGAAGGUGCUCCAUCCACCUUGGAUGCAGAAGACAAGGUGACAAAACCAGUAGAGUCAUCAGAAGAGCCAGAAUUACUCAACAGAAAGAAGACAAAAAGAACAAAGGGAAAGACUCGAGAAAACCAAGAGGAAGUGGCUCGUCUUCCCACAGAUGAAGACAAGACCAAGGAUGCAGUAAUUUUGGACAAUGUCCAGAUCAUUGAGAAGAUAGACGUUACACCUGUCUCAGAAGAUGUGGGCAAGGCAGCUGGUCCUUUUGAUUUACUUGUCUCAGACAAGGCCGAGACCCCAAGUCGAGAAGGUGCUCCCACCACCUUGGUUACGGAUGACAAGGAGACAAAACCAGAAGAGCCAUUUGAAGAGGAAAAAUUACACAAAACAAAGAAAACCAAAAAACCAAAAGGAAAGUCUCCAGAUGACCAGGAGGCAGUGGCUCCUCUUCCCACAGAUGAAGACAAGAACAAGGGGGCAGUCAUCUUGGACCAUGUCCAGAUCAUUGAGAAAGCAAACAUCACACCUGUCCCAGAAGAUGUGGGCAAGUCAGCCAGUCCUUUUGAUUUACCUGUCUCCGACAGGGCAAAGACCCCAAGCCGAGAGGGUACUCCCAUCACCUUGGUUACAGAUGACAAGAUGACAAAACCAGAAGAGCCAUCAGAAGAGGAAGAAUUACACAAGAAAAUGAAGACAAAAAAACAAAAGGGGGAGACUCCAGAUGACCAGGAGGAAGUGGCUCAUCUUUGCACAGAUAAAGACAAGAUCAAGGAUGCAGUAACCUUGGACCAUGUCCAGAUCGUUGAGAAAUCAGACAUCACACCUGUCCCAGAAAAUGUAUGCAAGCCAGCCAGUCUUUCUGAUUUAGUUGUCUCAGACAAGGCCCAGACCAAAAGCCGAGAAGGUACUCCCGUCACCUUGGUUACAGAAGACAAGAUGACAAAAGCAGAAGAGCCAUGUGAAGAGCCAGAAUUACACAAGAAAAAGAAGACCAAAAGACCAAAGGAGAAGGCUCCAGAUGAUCAGGAGGCAGUGGCUCCUCUUCCCACAGAUGAAGACGAGAUCAAGGAGGCAGUCAUCUUGGACCAUGUCCAGAUCAUUGAGAAAGAGGACAUCACAUAUGUCCCAGAAGAUGUGGACAAGCCAGCCAGUCCUUUCGCUUCAUUGGUCUCAGAUAAGGCCAAGAUUCCAAGCCGAGAAGGUACUCCCACCACCUUGGUUACAGAAGGCAAGGUGACAAAACCAUUAGAACUGUGGGAAGGACCUGAAUUGCACAAGAAAGAGAAGACAAAACAACGAAAGGAAAAAACUCCAGAUGACAAGGAAGCAGUGGCUCCUCUUCCCACAGAUGAAAACAAAAUCAAGAGUGUAGUCACCUUGGACCAUGUCCAGAUCAUCGAGAAGACGGACAUUACACCUGUCCCAGAAGAUGUGGGCAAGCCUGCCCGUCCUUUCGAUUCACUGGUGUCAGGCAAGGCCAAGAUCCCAAGUCGAGAAGGUUCUCCCACCACCUUGGUCACAGAAGGCAAGGUGACAAAACCAGAAGAUCUGUGGGAAGAACCUGAGUUGCUCAAGAAAAAGGAGACAAAACAACCAAAGGGAAGGACUCCAGAUGACAAGGAGUCACUGGCCCCUCUUCCCACAGAUGAAGAAAAGAUCACGGGCGCAGUCAUCUUUGACGACGUCCAGAUCAUUGAGAAGAUGGACAUUACACCUGUUCUGGAAAAUGUGGGCAAGCCAGCCAGCCCUUUCGAUUCACCAAUCUCGGACAAUCUCAGGGCUUCAAACGAAGAAGGUAGUCCCAUCAGCUUAGUUACAGAAUGCAUGGUGACAAAACCAGGUGAGCCAUCGGAACCAGAAUUGCACAAAAAAAGGAAAAUGAAAAAACUAAAGGCAAAUACUCCAGAUGACCAGGAGGCCCAGGCUCCUCUUUCCUCAGAUGAAGACAAGGUGAAGGGCACAGUAAUCUUGGACCAUGUCCCGAUCAUUGAGAAAACGGACGUCAUAUUUGUUCCAGAAGAAGUAGGCAAGCCUGCCAGUCCUUCCGAUUUACCAGUCUCUGACAAGGCAAAGAUCCCAAUUCAAGAAGGUAUUCCCCUCACCUCGGUUACAGAUGACAGGGUGACAAGACCUGAAGAACCAGAAUUACACAAGAGAAAAAAGACAAAAAAGCCAAAGGGAAAGACUCCAGAUGACCAGAAGGCAGUGGCUCCUCCCCUCACAGAUGAAGACAAGAUCAAAGGGGCAGUCAUCUUGGACCAUGUCCAGCUAAUUGAGAAAGCUGACGUGAUACCUGUCCCAGAAGAUGUGGGCAAGCCAGGCAGUCCUUUUGUUUUACCUGUCUCAGACAAGGCAAAAACCUCAAGCCAAGAAAGCAGCCCCAUCACCUUGGUUACAGAUGACAAGGUGACAAAACCAGAAGAGCCAUCGGAAGAGCUAGAAUUGCACAAGAAAAAGAAGACCAAAAAACCAAAGAGAAAGACUUCAGAUGACCAGGAGGCAGUGGCUCCUCUUCCCACAGAUGAAGACAAAAUCGAGGGUGCAGUAAUCUUGGACCAUAUCCAGACCUUUGAGAAAUUGGACAUUGUACCUGUCACAGAAGAUGUGGACAGGCCAGCCAGUCCUUUUGAUUUACCUGUCUCAGACGAGGCCAAGACCCCAAGCCGAGAGGGUACUCCCAUAACCUGGGUUACAGAAAACAAGGUGACGAAAGCAGAAGAGCCAUCUGAAGAGCCAGAAUUACACAAGAGAAAGAAGGCAAAAAAACCAAAGGGAAGGACUCCAGAUGACCAGGAUGCCGUGGCUCCUCUUCCCACAGAUGAAGCCAAAAUCAAGGGUGCAAUCAUCUCGGACCAUAUCGAGAUCACUGAGAAAACGGACAUCACACCUGUCCCAGAAGAUGUGGGCAAGCCAGCCAGUCCUUUCGAUUCACUUGUCUCAGACAAAGUUAAGGCCACCAGCCAAGAAGGUUCUCCCACCACCUUGGUUACAGAAGGCAAGGUGACAAAACCAGAACAGUGGGAAGAACCUAAAUUUCACAAAAAAGAGAAGACAAAACAUCGAAAGAAAAAAACUCCAGAUGACCAGGAAGCAGUGGCUCCUCUUCCCACAGAUGAAGACAAGAUCAAGGGUGCCAAAAUCUUGGACCAUGUUCAGGUCCUUGAGGAAACGGACAAUACAGACUUUCUAGAAGAUGUGAACAAGCCAGCCAGAUCUUUCGAUUCACCGGUCUCGGGCAAGGCCACGACCCCAAGCCGAGAAGGUUCUCCCACCACCUUGGUUACAGAAGGCAAGGUGACAAAACCAGAAGAUCUGUGGGAAGAACCUGGGUUGCACAAGAAAAAGAAGACAAAACAACCAAAGGGAAGGACUCCAGAUGACAAGGAGGCAGUGGCUCCGCUUCCCACAGAUGAAGACAAGGUCAAGUGCUCAGUCAUCUUUGACCAUGUGCAGAUCAUUGAGAAGAUAGACAUUACACCUGUUCCGGAAGAUGUCGGCAAGCUAGCCAGUCCUUUCGAUUCACCAAUCUCAGACAAUCUCAGGGCUUCAAGGGAAGAAGGUACUGCCAUCACCUUGGUUACAGAACACAUGGUAACGAAACCAGAAGAGCCAUCGGAACCAGAAUUGUACAAGAAAAGGAAGAUGAAAAAACUAAAGGGAAAGACUCCAGAUGACCAGGAGACUGAGGCUCCUCUUCCCUCAGAUGAAGACAAGGUGAAAGGCACAGUAAUCUUGGACCAUGUCCAGAUCACUGAGAAAACGGACAUCACAUUUCUUCCAGAAGAUGUGGGCGAGCCAGCCAGUCCUUUUGGUUUACCGGUCCCAGACAAGGCCAAGACACCAAGCCGAGAAGGUACUCCAAUCACAUUGGAUACAGAAGACAAUGCGACUAAACCAGUAGAGCCAUCAGAAGAGUUGGAAUUGAACAAGAGAAAGAAGACAAAAAAGCCAAAAGGAAGGACCCCGGAUGACCAGGAGGCAGUACCUCCUCUACUCACAGAUGAAAACAAGAUCAAGGAGGCAGUCAUGUUGGACCGUAUCCACAUAAUUGAGAAAUCGGACAUCACACCUGUCCCAGAAGACGUGAGCAAGCCAGCAAGUCCUUUUGAUUCACCUGUCUCAGACAAGGCAAAAACCCCAAGCCGAGAAGGUAGUCCUAUCACCUUGGUUACAGAUGACAAGGAGACAAAACCAGAAGAGCCAUCGGAAGAGCCAAAAUUACACAAGAAAAGAAAGACUAAAAAACCAAAGGGAAAAACUCCAGACGACCAGGAGGAAGUGGCUCCUCUUCCCAUGGAUAAAGAUCAAAUCAAGGGGGCAAUCACGUUGGACUAUAUCCAGGUCAUUGAGAAAACGGACGUCACAUUUGUUCCAGAAGAAGUGGGCAAGCCUCCCAGUCCUUCCGAUUUACUGGUCUCUGACAAGGCAAAGAUCCCAAUUCAAGAAGGUACCCCCAUUACCUCGGUUACAGAUGACAAGGUGACAAGACCUGAAAAGCCAGAAUUACACAAGAGAAAGGAAACAAAAAAGCCAAAGGGAAGGACACCAGGUGACCAGGAGGCAGUGGCUCCUCUACUCACAGAUGAAGACAAGAUCAAGGGGGCAGUCAUCUUGGACCAUGUCCAGCUAAUUGAGAAAGUGGAUGUCACACCUGUCCCUGAAGAUGUGGACAAGCCAGACAGUCCUUUUGAUUUAUCUCUCUCAGACAAGGCAAAAACCCCAAGCCAGGAAGGUAGUCCCAUCACCUUGGUUAUAGAUGACGAGGUGACAAAACCAGAAGAGCCAUCGGAAGAGCUAGAAUUACACAAGAGAAAGAAGAUCAAAAAACCAAAAAGAAAGACUUCAGAUGACCAGGAGGCAGUGGCUCCUCUUCCCACAGAUGAAGACAAAAUCGAGGGUGCAGUAAUCUUGGACCAUAUCCAGACCUUUGAGAAAUUGGACAUUGCACCUGUCACAGAAGAUGUGGGCAAGCCAGCCAGUCCUUUUGAUUUACCUGUCUCAGACGAGGCCAAGACCCCAAACCGAGAAGGUACUCCUAUCACAUUGGUUACAGAAGACAAUCUGACGAAAGCUGAAGAGCCAGAGUUAAACAAGAGAAAGAAGACGAAAAAACCAAAGGGAAGGGCUCCAGAUGACUAUGAAGCACUGGCUUCUCUUCCCACAGAUGAAGACAAGAUCAAGGGUGCAGUAAUCUUGGACCAUGUCCAGACCAUUGAGAAAUCGGACAUCACACAUGUCACAGAAGAUGUGGCCAAGCCAGUCACUCCUUUUGAUUUACCUGUCUCGGAGAAGGUCAAGACCUCAAGCCGAGAAGGUACUCCCAUCACCAACACCUUGGUUGCAGAAGAAAAGGUGACAAAAACGGAAGAGUCAUCUGAAGAGCCAGAAUCACACAAGAGAAAGAAGACCAAAAAACCAAAGGGAAUAACUCCAGAUGACCAGGAGGCAGUGGCUCCUCUUCUUACAGAUGAAGACAAGAUCAAGGAUGCAGUAGUCCUUGACCAAGUCCAUAUCAUUGAGAAAGCGGACAUUGCACCUAACCCAGAAGAUGUGGGCAAGCCAGACGGUCCUUUUGAUUUACCUGUCUUAGACAAGGCCAAGACCCCAAGCCGAGAAGGUACUCCCAUCAUCUUGGUUACAGACGAUAAGUUGACAAAAGCAGAAGAGCCAUCUGAAGAGCCAGAAUCACACAAGAAAAAGAAGACCAAAAAACCAAAGGGAAAGGCUCCAGAUUACCGGGAAGCAGUGGCUCUGCUUUCCACAGAUGAAGACAGAAUUACUGGUACUGUCAUCUUGGACCAUGUCCAGGUCAUUGAGAAAGCAGAUUUCACUGCUGUAGCAGAGGAUGCAGGCAAGCCAGCCAGUCCUUUUGAUUUACCUCUCUCUGACAAGGCAAAUACGCCAAGCCGAGAAGGUACUCCCAUCCUCUUGGUUACAGAUGACAAGGUGACAAAACCAGAAAAGCCUGAAUUACACAAGAAAAAGAAGACGAUUAAGCAAAAGGGAAAGACUCUAGACGACCAGGUGCCUCUUACUUCUCUUCCGGCUGACGAGGACGAAUCCAAGAGUGCUGAAACAGCUCGAAGUACAAAUAAUGAGUCGUUUGAGAAUAUACUGCUAGCAUCUUCUGAGGAACCUCGAGUAGUUCCUUCUACUGAUACUGACAAAGGUGAUGAACAGAGUUCAAGUUGGAUAGGAAAAAUUAUCUCAACUGCAAAGAGCAUGCUUUCUGGAGAUUCUCAAAGUGAUUCCAUUACAUGGGCUUUCCCUGAAGAAACUAAGGAGGAUUCUCAUAGUAUGAGUCCACUUGAAAACCAAUGGAAGGAAACAAGUUCUAGUAACCUUCCGGGUGUUGCCAUCCACAAUCUUCUUGAGGAUAUCUCUGGUGGAACUUCUGAAUUCCUUGAUGAAGGACACAAGACAGUCAAAACACAGGAACCAUCAGAGGAGCCUGAUUCUGAGAAUAGAAAAAUAAGAAAGCCAAAAAGAAAGGCUCCAGCUGAGGAAAAAGCUGAGUCACAUUUACCAACAGAGAAGAAGGAUGCCAAGGGAGUCCACUCUGUGGAAGAUGGCUACAUCCUUGGGAAGCCUGAUGAUAAGACUUCACCAGAGUAUGUCUUCAAAGGAAUGGGCACUUUCAAGGCUCCAGAAACUGAGGAAAUGAAUACGCCAAGCCGUGAGGGAACCCCUGGUGUUUCUACCGGGGAGCGACUCAGACAUGCUCCUGAUAGAGUUCUCAGAUCCCUGGAGGAAGAUGCCAAGGCAUGCCAACCACAGGAGCCAUCAGAAAAGCCAGAUUUCGAGAAGAAACCGGCAAAGAAACCAAAAGAAAAGACUCCAGCUGAUAUAGAUGCUGAGACACAGCUAAAAACAGAGAAGGAGAAUGUCAAGAAAGUCCUCUCUGUGGAAGAUGCCCACAUCUUUGGGAAGCCUGACUAUAUGACUUCACCUGAGGAUGUCUUCAAAGAAACGGGCACUUUCGAGGCACCAGGAACAGAGAAAACUAGGACGCCAAGCCGUGAGAGAACCCCUGGGGUUUCCGCUGGGGAGCUGCUCAGAGAUGCUCCUGAAAGAGUUCCUGAAUCACUGGAGGAAGAUGCAAAGACAUACAAGCCACAGGAACCAUCAGAACAGCCAGAUUUCCAGAAGAAGAAAAAGGUAAAAAAAGCAAAAGGAAAGACUCUACCUGAGAAAGAAGCUGAGACACAGCUACCAAGAGAGAAGACCGAUGUCAUGGGAGUCCUCCCUGUAGAAGAUGCUCACAUCUUCGGGAAGCCUGAUUAUAUGACUUCUCCAGAGGAUGUCUUCAAAGAGACCGGCACUUUCGAGGCUCCAGGAACAGAGAAAACCAAGGUGCCAAGCCGUGAGGGAACCCCUGGGGUUUCCACUGGGGAGCUACUCAGAGAUGUUCAUGACAGAGAUCCUGGAUCCCUGGAAGAAGAAGAUGCCAAGGCACACAAGCCACAGAAACCAUCAGAACAGCCAGAUUCCCAGAAGAAAAAGGCAAAGAAAGCAAAAGGAAAGACUCUACCUGAGAAAGAAGCUGAGACACAGCUACCAAGAGAGAAGACCGAUGUCAUGGGAGUCCUCCCUGUAGAAGAUGCUCACAUCUUCGGGAAGCCUGAUUAUAUGACUGCUCCAGAGGAUGUCUUCAAAGAGACCGGCACUUUCGAGGCUCCAGGAACAGAGAAAACCAAGGUGCCAAGCCGUGAGGGAACCCCUGGGGUUUCCACUGGGGAGCUACUCAGAGAUGUUCAUGACAGAGAUCCUGGAUCCCUGGAAGAAGAAGAAGCCAAUGCACACAAGCCACAGAAACCAUCAGAAGAGCCAGAUUCCCAGAAGAAAAAGGCAAAGAAAGCAAAAGGAAAGACUCUACCUGAGGAAGAAGCUGAGACACAGCUACCAAGAGAGAAGACCGAUGUCAUGGGAGUCCUCCCUGUAGAAGAUGCUCACAUCUUCGGGAAGCCUGAUUAUAUGACUUCUCCAGAGGAUGUCUUCAAACAGACCGGCACUUUCGAGGCUUCAGGAACAGAGAAAACCAGGGUGCCAAGCCGUGAGGGAACCCCUGGGGUUUCCACCGGGGAGCUACUCAGAGAUGUUCCUGACAGAGUUCCUGAAUCCCUUGAAGAAGAAGAUGCCAAGGCAUAUAAGCCAGAGAAACCAUCAGAAGAGCCAGAUUCCCAGAAGAAAAAGGCAAAGAAAGCAAAGGGAAUGACUCUACCUGAGGAAGAAGCUGAGACACAGCUACCAAGAGAGAAGACCGAUGUCAUGGGAGUCUUCCCUGUAGAAGAUGCUCACAUCAUCGGGAAGCCUUAUUAUAUGACUUCUCCAGAGGAUGUCUUCAAAGAGACCAGCACUUUCGAGGCUCCAGGAACAGAGAAAACCAGGGUGCCAAGCCGUGAGGGAACCCCUGGGGUUUCCACCGGCGAGCUACUCAGAGAUGUUCAUGACAGAGUUCUUGGAUCCCUGGAAGAAGAAGAUGCCAAGGCAUACAAGCCACAGAAACCAUCAGAACAGCCAGAUUCCCAGAAGAAAAAGGCAAAGAAAGCAAAAGGAAAGACUCUACCUGAGAAAGAAGCUGAGACACAGCUACCAAGAGAGAAGACCGAUGUCAUGGGAGUCCUCCCUGUAGAAGAUGCUCACAUCUUCGGGAAGCCUGAUUACAUGACUUCUCCAGAGGAUGUUUUCAAAGAAACCGGCACUUUCGAGGCUCCAGGAACAGAGAAAACCAGGGUGCCAAGCCGUGAGGGAACCCCUGGGGCUUCCACUGGGGAGGUACUCACAUAUACUCCUGACAGAGUUCCUGGAUCUCUGGAAGAGGAUACCAAGGCAUACAAGCCACAGGAACCAUUAGAAGAGCCAGAUUCAAAGAUGAAGAGGGCAAAGAAACCAAAAGGAAAGGCUCCAGUUGAGGAAGAAGCUGAGGCACAGCUACCAACAGAGAAGAAGGAUGUCAAAAAAGUCUUUCCUGUGGAAGAUUCCCACAUCUUUGGGAAGCCCGGUUAUAUAACUACACCAGGGGAUGUCUUCAAAGAAACGGGCACUUUCGGGGCUCCAGGAACAGAGAAAACAAGGACGCCAAGCCGUGAGGGAACCCCUGGGGUUUCCCCUGGGGAGCUACUCAGAGAUGCUUCUGAAAGAGGUCCUGGAUCCCUGGAGGAAGAAGCCAAGGCAUACAAGUCACAGAAACCACCAGAAGAGCCAGAUUUCGAGAAGAAGGGAAAGGCAAAGAAACCAAAAGGAAAGACUCCAGUUGAGGAAGAAGCUGAGGCACAGCUACCAACAGAGAAGAAGGAUGUCAAGAACGUCCUUCCUGUGGAAGAUGCCCACAUCUUUGGGAGGCCUGACUAUAUGUCUUCACCAGAGGAUGUCUUCAAAGAAAUGGGCACUUUCGAGGCUCCAGGAACAGAGAAAACAAGGACGCCAAGCCGUGAGGGAACCCCUGGGGUUUCCCCUGGGGAGCUACUCAGAGAUGCUUCUGAAAGAGGUCCUGGAUCCCUGGAGGAAGAAGCCAAGGCAUACAAGUCACAGAAACCACCAGAAGAGCCAGAUUUCGAGAAGAAGAAAAAGGCAAAGAAACCAAAAGGAAAGACUCCAGUUGAGGAAGAAGCCGAGACACAGCUACCAACAAAGAAGAAGGAUGUCAAGAAAGUUCUCCCUGUGGAAGAUGCCUGCAUCUUUGGGAAGCCUGACUAUAUGACUUCACCUGAAGAUGUCUUCAAAGAAACGGGCACUUUUGGGGCUCCAGGAACAGAAAAAACAAGGACGCCGAGCCGUGAGGGAACUCCUGGGGUUUCCGCUGGGGAGCUACUCAGAGAUACCCCUGAUAGAGGUCCUGGAUCACUGGAGGAAGAUGCAGAGGCAUACAAGCCACAGGAACUAUCAGAAGAGCCAUAUUCCCAGAAGAAGAAAAAGGCAAAAAAAACAAAAGGAAAAACUCCAGCUGAGGUAGAAGCUGAGACACAGCUACCAACAGAGAAGAAGGAUGUCAUGGGAGUCCUCCCCGUGGAAGAUGCUCAUAUCUAUGGGAAGCCUGAUUACAUGACUUCUCUAGAGGAUGUCUUCAAAGAAGCGGACACUUUCGAGGCUCCAGGCACAAAGAAAACCAGAGUGCCAAGCCAUGAGGGAACUCCUGGUGUAUCCACUGGGGAGGUACUUAGGUAUACUCCUGACAGAGUUCCUGGAUCACUGGAAGAGGACACAGAGGCAUACAAGCCACAGGAACUACUAGAAGAUCCAGAUUCAAAGAUGAAGAGGGCAAAGAAACCAAAAGGAAAGACUCCAGUUGAGGAAGAAGCUGAGGCACAGCUACCAACAGAGAAGAAGGAUGUCAAGAAAGUCCUUCCUGUGGAAGAUGCCCACAUUUUUGGGAGGCCUGACUAUAUGUCUUCACCAGAGAAUGUCUUCAAAGAAAUGGGCACUUUCGAGGCUCCAGGAACAGAGAAAACAAGGACGCCAAGCCGUGAGGGAACCCCUGGGGUUUCCCCUGGGGAGCUACUCAGAGAUGCUUCUGAAAAAGGUCCUAGAUCACUGGAGGAAGACACAAAGACCUACAAGCCACAGAAACCAUCAGAUGAGCCAGAUUUUGAGAAGAAGAAAAAGGCAAAGAAACCAAAAGGAAAGACUCUAUUUGAGGAGGAAGCUGAGACACUGCUACCAACAGAGAAGAAGGAUGUCAAGGGAGUCCUCCCUUUGGAAGAUGCCCACAUCUUUGGGAAACCUGGCUUUAUGACUACACUAGGGGAUGACUUCAAGGGAACAAGCACUUUCGAGGCUCCAGGAACAGAGAAAACCAGGGUGCCAAGCCGUGAGGGAACCCCUGGGGUUUCCACUGGGGAGGUACUCAGAGAUACUCCUGACAGAGUUCCUGGAUCCCUGGAGGAGGAUACCAAGGUAUACAAGCCACAGGGACCAUUAGAAGAGUCAGAUUCAAAGAUGAAAAGGGCAAAGAAACCAAAAGGAAAGACUCCACUUGAGGAAGAAACUAAGACACUGCUACCAACAGAGAAGAAGGAUGUCAAGGGAGUCCUCCCUGUGGAAGAUGCUCACAUCUAUAGGAAGCCUGAUUACCUGACUCCUCAAGAGGAUGCCUUUAAAGAAACGGGCACUUCCGAGGCUCCAGGAACAGAGAAAACCAGGGUACCAAGCCGUGAGGGAACCCCUGGGGCUUCCACUGAGGAGGUACUCAGAGAUACUCCUAAUAGAGUUCCUGGAUCCCUGGAACGGGAUACCAAGGCAUACAAGCCACAGGAACCAUUAGAAGAGUCAGAUUCAAAGAUGAAAAGGGCAAAGAAACCAAAAGGAAAGGCUCCAGCUGAGACAGAAGCUGAGACCCAGCUACCAACAGAGGAGGAUCUCAAGGCAGUCCUCCCUGUAGAAGAUGCCCACAUCUCUGGGAAGCCUGACUAUGUGACUACGCCUGAGGAUGUCUUCAAAGAAACGGGCACUUUCGAGGCUCGAGGAAUAGAAAAAUCCAGGACGCCAAGCCGUGAGGGAACCCCUGGGGUUUCCACUGGGGAGCUAAUCAGAGAUGUUCCUGACAGAGUUCCUGGAUCCCUGGAGGAAGAUGCCAAGGCAUACAAGCCACAGGAACCAUCAGAAGAGCCAGAUUCCCAGGAAAAGAAAAAGACCAAAAAAUCAGAAAGAAAGGCUCCAGCUGAGGAAGAAGCUGAGACACAGGUACCAACAGAGAAGCAUGUUAAGGGAGUCCUUUCUGUUGAAGAUGACCAUAUCUUUGGGAAACCUGACUUUAUCAAUGCGUCGGAGGAUGUCUUCAAAGGAAUGGGCACUUUCAAGGCUCCAGGAACAGAGAAAAUCAUGACACGGUGCCGUGAGGUAACCCCUGGUGUUUCCACUGGGGAGCUGCUAAAGGAGGCUCCUGACAGAGCUCCUGGAUUCCUUGAUGAAGAUGCCAAGGCUUACAAGCCACAGGAACCAUCAGAAGAGCCAGAUUCCCAGAAGAAAGAGGCAAAGAAAGCAGAAGGAAAGACACCAGCUCAGGAAGAAGGUGAGACACAGCUGUCAACAGAGAAGAAGGAUGUUGAGGGAGUCCCCUGUAUGGUCGAUACCGAUGUCUUUGGGAAGCCUGACUAUAUUACCACACCAGAGGAUGUCUUCAAAGGAACGAGCACUUUUGAGGCUCCAGGAACAGAAAAAUCCAGGACGCCAAGCCGUGAGGGAACCCCUGUGGUUACCCCUGGAUUUUCGCUCGGAGAUGUUUCUGACAAAACUCUCAUAGCCACUAAUGAACGAGAAGCGCUAGGCAUGCCUCAAGAGCCAGUAUCCCGAAAGAAAGCAAAGAAGCCUAAAGGCAGUGCACCUGAAAAUUAUGAAAUUAUCACAUCAUCUCCAAGUGACCAAGGCGAAGUGAAGCAUGUUUCCAUUGGUGACCAAAUUUUGGUUCUUGGAAAGCCUGACUCCCCAGUUGAGCCAGAGGGUGAUAGUGAAGGAAAGAGCCCCAUCGUCGUUGCAGGGUCUGACAAUGCUAAAGUUCAAGGCAAUGAAGUUUCACUUGGUGUUGCCAUCGACGAGGUUCCCACAAAGACCAGGGAAGCAUCUCCUGAGGGAUUUGAGGUUGUCUCAAUGCCCGCAGUGGACCAGUUUAACACCCAGAGUUCAAGUUGGAUUGGAAAGAUAUUCUCUACUGCCAAGACCCUGAUCACUGGCGACACUGCUAGUGAUACUUUAGUUGAGAAAGAUGCAAAAUAUGCUGAUGAAGAGAUUAGGACAGGAAAGAGUUCCUUGAAGCCUGAUAUUUCGAAUGAGCCAAGAAGUCCGGAAGGAAGCUUGGUGUCUUCUGGUCAAGACGAAAGCAUUUUGGAACUUAGUGCAAGGUCACCAAUUUCGGAAUCAUCACUGAUACAGUCACUGCCUGGAAAAGAAGAUGAUCAAAAAUCUUCAGCUCCUUCAUUCACGGACGAGCUGUCAAGUCAACCAUCCACAGAACUUGAUGAAAUAGAAAACAUGAAAGCUGCUCAGAGUCCCGAACUAGAAACGCUGUCCUCGGAGGAGAGCUUCACUGCUCCGAUCGACAAACGUGCCAAGGCCAAAUCAAGGAAGCACAAGCAGAAAAAGAAGGGUGAAACAUAUCUCGUUGCAUCGGCAGUGUCAAGCUAUGGGGGGAGGCGAUCAAGUUCAAAGUCUCCUUCACCUCCAGAGCAUCAUGGAGGAACACCAAGCAAGGACAGUGUGGACCAACGAGGCUACUUGCAGAGUUCACCAAAAGACAGCGUCUCUCCUCAACCUUUGUUCAGCCAACAAAGAAUCCCCGACUCAGCAUCCCCUCUACCAGUGCACGAUGAUGUACACCUUCAGGCCGUUCCUCCAACUGCACCUUUGGAAGACGUGGGUGAAUUUGCUUGGGUGGAAACACCAAAGCAUGGGGAAAGCUCCUUUGCUAGAGAGGUAGGUGUACCCUCUCCAUGGACUGCGUAUUCCAAGGAUCAAGACCUACGGGGAGAUACCACAGGACCCGCACACGAGGACAGCGGGUUUGUCACACUCGAGUUCCCAGAGGACUUGGUGGUGGGCCCGGGAGACCUGUCCACUCCUGGAGAUGUUCCUCGUCAUCAACAAGCAAGAGGUUGUGAUACACAGGCUAACAAGCAAUCAGAAGGAUUGCUCCCUGGAGUACCACCUCAUGAUGAUCAUGCUUCAGACUCUUGGCCUUGGAGAGGCAGUUCUUCAGUUAAGGAACAAAACCUGGACACCGAAGGCUUGAAGUCAGGAAUGCCAGAAACAUCUGCAGUCCCCGGACACGAUGAAACUGCUAGAGGUACGUCAUUGUACAGCUGGCUGUUUCCAUUUGGAUCCAAGGGCAAAGCCAUCGAUGUGCCAACCUCAGAGCAACAAACAACCUUGCCAGAUAAUCGGCACACGAAAACAUACCCACUGGGUGCGGGCCAACCCUCUGUGGGAGCUGGGUGGACCUCUUUUGGAUCACCAGACCUGCUGCCGAGCCAGAAAGGUGCUGCACAAACGGCUUCCCAUGAGACUGGAGCUUCCAGAGAACCGUGGCAGUCAGACGCCACUGACAGCAGCAGUUUGCCGGAUUGGCUCAAUAACCCAAGAUGGCCGAGUCGACUGACCUUGGUGAUGACCUUCACAUUCACGCAGCUGAGGGUCAUUGAGAAGCUUCUUGCAGAGGCAUCGGGGCUCGACGGGUCGGCAAGACAAGCAAAGCUGCAGGCCGCACAGGAGCAACUCGACGAACUCAGCGCGGGGCUGUACGAUGAAGACGUGUGCCGUGAGCUAGAGAUGUCCAACCAAGAGUUCCCCGAGACAGCAGACCAUCACGCACAGCUGUCGGACAAGCUGCAGCAACUGCUGAGUCAUCUGGAGUCUGCCAAGACAUCGGACACCAUGGAGCGGUCAUCAGAGCCUGGCAGGGAGCAGCUGCAUGAUCCGAAUGCUCCCUUCUGGCUGGGACUGGAGUCUUUCAGCGUGUGGCUGGUCGAGCUUCAGCGCCUGCUGAACCUGCAGUUGGAGGCCAUCAGUGAUCCGACACUACUGCGAGACCUUCUGGACGAGUUGCGGCGACUCGUGGCAGAGGCUGCGUCCCGCGAGAGCCAGCUGAACGACCUGGAAGCCCAGUCUCGGCAGCUCGACGCUGCAACCGGCCGGAAGGCGGCGGAGAAGCUGGGCAGCUUGCGAGCCGGCAUCGGCGACGCCCAGGCGCUCCUCGAGGACAGGGUGAAGGUGCUCGAGGGCCGCCUCCAGGACGCGCUGCACGAGCAGAGCCAGCGGGAACUGCUCUCGACCUCCGGCGACGACGCAGCUCUCGCGCGGCUUCAGUUCAUGCAGGAACUGGACAAGGCGUUGCACACCCAAGAGCGCAACAUCCUGGAGCUGUUGAGGAGCCCGGAGUCCCUGCCACAGGGCCCACAAGAAGAGGAACGCAGCCCAGAGUGGAUUCUGCGUCGACUGCGGAGAGAGUCCAGCCCGUCUGAGGGUCAGACUCUUCCACGCUGGCUCGAAGGACUCCAACCUCAACUGGGGUCAGUGCCUCCCGGCGACACCUGGCCUCAGCUGAGAGCAUGCCUCGACCAUUUGGAGGCCACCACAGAGCCUCACAAGUUCUACAUACUCUACCUGCGGGUGGUGUGGCUCAUCACAUUGUGGCUCGAGCAGUCGAGGAGCAGACGCUUGGCUCCGGCAGGUGGCGACACGCAGUCUGAACAGGCACUCGCUGCCGAGCUGCAAGAGGCGUCGAGGAUCAUGGCAAGGUUGUCCGAGCUCACGUCCACCCGUGGCUCUGGGCUGACUCCUGAAGAGAAUUCCGUCUUGGACGACCUUGGCCGGCAAGCAAGGUCACGGUUGGCGGAGGCUGACUCUCAGACAAGGGACGCCGUUAAAGCUCGGACUGCUCUCCGACAACAGUCGCAGAAGUUGCAGGAACGUGUGGACACGCUGCGCCGAAAAAUUGACGGGGAGCUCGAACCAGAACUGACUCGUCUCCGUCAACAGCAGCAACAGGGAGACCCCAAUUGGAUUGCUCAGGUGGAAGCCUACUUUGCCGCCGUCGGUGGUGCUCGGGCUGAAGUGGACGACGUGGUGCACAGUCUGACCCCCGCGCAGCAGGCUGGCAAAGAGGGUGCAGCCGAGGCUCCGCCCACCCCGACUGGCCUCGACCAAUGCCGAGACGGGCUGCAGGUCCUGUGGUUCCAGGGUCUGGAGCUCUUGAGGAAGGCGUUGCGGCUCCAGGCUUUGAACUGGCAGCUCGCUGGGUGCAAAGCUGCUACAGAGGGACAGCUCGCCUUCCUCGAGCCCCUGCUGUCGCCCUCUGCCCCCGUGGGAAGCCUCGAGAAACUGCAGGACACACAAAGGGACGUUCAGGACUCUCUCGAGGAGGUACAGUUCCUGGAUGCCCUCAGGGACGCCCUGGUGGAGCAGACCGGAAGAGCGGACGCCUCAGCCGAAGAGCGGGCCGCGUCCAAGGAGAAGCUGGCCGAGGCCCGCCUCUCCGAACUGCGGGGCCUCGUGGACCGCAGGACGCGGCUGGAUCGGCUGGCGAGGGAGCACCAGUCUUGGAUGCAGGAGCAUCCACUCUGGGAGCCUGUGAGCUCGCCCCAGUCCUUGGAGUCCCUGGAGCAGACGCUGCGAUUCCUGCGGGAACUGGAGCUAAGCGCACGAAUGCGUCGGCCUUACGUGGACCGUCUCCGGGAGCUGGCGGACGGCGCAGUGGGACACGAAGCGCCCUCGGAGCAGCAGCCGUUGCAACUGCUCCGGAGCUGGAACGUCUACUGGCUGCUGCUCCUGGAAAGGACCGCCUGGCUCCAGCGAGAGGUGGUCCGACUCCGUCGCUCCAAGGAGGCGAUUGCGUCGGCCACGUCCAGGGUGCUGGAAGCCGAGAAACUCCUGAAGGACGGUCCGCUGCAGACUGGCCAGGUUCACCGGCUCCUUAAGGUGGCUAGACAUGUCCGAGAGGCUGAACAGCAGUUGGAGACAGCCGCCGAAGCGCCCGAGGAAAAGCGCGUCACGCUCGACGCCCUGGACACCAGCGCGAGGCAACUGGAACAGCGCAUCGGCAAAGUCCGGGAAGCACUGCAGAAGGCGCGGCCAGACUGGGGACGCGGGCGACGCAAGUCUCCGCCGGGUCAGGACGGAAGCCUGGAGCAGCCGCUGACUUCGCUCAUCAGCGCCAUCGAAGAGGCAGUCGAGAAAGAACCUCUGGGAGACCUUCCCCUGCUUCUGGCGUGCCAAGAAGAGCUGGAGGCCUCGAAACCCGCCCUGCCUGCAACAUCUGCAGCGUCCAAGCGUCCCGAAGAGAGCGAGGAGGAAACGCUGCGGCAGCUAGCCCUCACGAACAGGUGGCUGAGGCUGGAGGCCAUCUUGAAAAGGUUCUCGAAGGAGGCCAGGCGAAAGACCGAGGAACAGAGACGGGCGUCUGCCCUUCGUCACGACGUGUCCCUCGGUCUGGAGUCGACCCGGGCCGUUCUGAACCGUGUGACCGACGAGAAGCCGACGGAGGAACUCCACACGGCUGCCUGCCUGCAUGCGCUUCAGUGGAUUCAGGAGCAGCUUGCCUCUCAGAAGGCUGACCUGUCCCAACUGGAACCCAUUCAGCCGGAGACGGCGGCUGCACUGCGCCAGGAGCUCAAGGAUCUGGCGAGGGCAGUCUCCAAGACCCAGAAUGCGCUCAGGGAGGGCAAGAAGGCCAUCGCAGACUACGACAGCGCCGUCAACGCGGCACGAUCGUUCCUGGUACAGGCCGAGGACUGCCUCCAGCGUUACUCCAACUGCGUACCGGAGCUCUAUCCCGGCUACCUGCAGGCCCUGGAGGCUUUGUUACAGACUCUGGACAAGCGAGAACACUCUCUUCUUGGAAACCUGGACUCUGCCCAGGCUGCCAUGGUCUCUGCCCUUGGCGCGAGGGUGAAGCAGCCUUCUCAGGACGAAACCCAGACCCUCAGAGAAAGAUGGCAGACGUUGAAGCAGCGGGCGUCGCUCCUUCACAAGGACAUGCUGAAGCUGAGCAUCCUCUGGGAGCGCUGGAGGGUCGCCGAAGACAGACUUUACGAAUGGGCCUUGAGAGAACCCCAUGGCGAGGACCGCUCGGGGGCGGAGCUGAGUUACGCCCAGGCCGCGGCUCGCGCCGGCCUCACGUCGGUGGUGCGCGAGCUGUCCGCCGCGACGGCCAGCAGCGAGCUACUGGACGCAACGCCGCUCUGCAGGCGCAUCGAGGCCCUCCACGCAGCUCUGCCGACGUUCGCCGAACCCCAUCCGUCGUCGUCGCAGCAGCGGCCCACGGCACCGGCGGCGUCCUCUCCCGAACGACUGAGGGAUCUCGAGAAAGCGUUAAGUCAGAACGAAAAGAUGCUGCCUCAAGAGCCCAGGGAUGACUGGAGCAUCGAAAGGCUGGAGAAACUGUGCUCAGCGGCUGAGGACGCAAGUCGCGCACUCCUGCCUAUUGGACUGGACCUUUCCUACCCUGAAACGGCAGACUCCCGGCGUCUCCUGUCACGAUGGCAGGCGGCGUGCAGACGACUACUCCUUGUCUGGGGCCGAGCCAGGAGACUGCUUCAACAGAAGAGAGCGCCGGAGGCCAACUGCUCCGACCUGCUCCGCCUCGGACAGACUGCACGGGAGCUGCUCUCCCGGACCGGUCCGCCCUUCCACGAUCCGGCAUCGUGCAGGAAGCAGCUGGAGGACCUCGGACAGCUCCAGCUCCUGCUGCUCUCCUAUCGGCCCGCCCUGGAGGCUCUCCGACGCGGGGGAUCGACGGAACAACACCGGGAUUUGUGCGACGGAAUAGAGGAGUCAAUGGAGAGGAUGCUGGCGGCAACGCAGCAGCGCAUGGGCGAGGCGUGGCGGUCGUGCCGGUUGUGGCUCGCUUUCCGGCACGCCCUUUGGGCGCUGGAGGCGCGCCUGAGCGCCCUGGAGUGCUCAGAAGUGCUCCGGCUGGCCGCACUUCCGGUCUUGGAUUUGCGGCUCCUCUUUGCCCUCUUCCAGCGUGAGCGCCUGCCGGAGCAGUUGGCCGAAGCCGACGGCCAAUGGGAGGCCCUCCAGGGCCACGAAGACGCCCUGAUCCGCGGCUGGAGGCCCGGGCCAUGGCUGGACCAAGCCCGGGGCCAGGCCCAGGAGCUCCACCAGCGACUGGAGGCCCUGGUGGCCCGGACAAAGAACCUGGCACCGCUGUCUUCCCACUGGAGCCAGUUGAGGUGGCACCUGGCCGAGGUGGACGACGGCCUAGCCGGAGCGUUGGAAGCGCGGAGUGGAGGUCCUCCCUCGGACCAGCAACAGAGCUCUCGUCCGGAGAAGGAUAAGGACGAUCAUCUGGAGGCAAGUCUGGCCCAGCUGAGCCAAGCAGUAACGGCAGCCCGGGGAAGCUUGGCCACCAUCGAGAAGGAAUGUGUCAGCACCGAGUCCGAAUCCACGGCCUGCCACCUUCGGCUGGCCGACAGAGCGGGCAAGGCCCUGAGGCGACGAGGGCAGCUCUCGACCGGUCAGCAGCUGGGAGCACAAAGGUGCCUCGACUCCUUCUACAAGGCCUGCGACGAACUGCAUGUCCCAACUGUCAAGGAAUCAGAACCAUCGCCUUCCACGAGAAUGGAAGACCCCAAGGCUCGCGCCGACAGGCUGUCUGAGGAAGUGCAACAGCACGAGGGAGACUAUGAGAGUGUCCUGCGAUCCGGUGAAUUCCUCAUGACGCUGCUGCGAGACACAGAACACCAAGAGCCCCUGGAACGCCGUCUGGCCACGGUCAGGCAGACAUGGAGCGGCAUUGAAGAGGAUUCACGCAAAAACUCUCAGAGGUUGAAAGAAGCAGCGGCUUUGCAGCAGGAGUUUGACGCGCUGCUGAAGGUUCUGCUCCUCUGGAUGGAUGGCGGUGAAGCUGCCCUGAAUGCCGCCAUUGCACCGGAGGAUGCGGAGCGUGAGCAAGCGGCAUUGGAAGCACUGAAACAAGAAGUAGCCGAACGAUCGGAGUCCCUGGAACAACUGCGGACCACAUCGGACGCCCUUCUCAAGUACUACCACGACAUCGUGCCUCUGGCAAAACAGGACAAGAUGAGGGAAGAGCUCAAGGACGCCGAGCGGCGCUGGAAAGCCCUCGGACCGCUUCUGGAACUACGGUUAGCCAGAAUUUUGACUGCUCGAACGCUGUGGAAGGACCUGCAGAGGCUCCUAAGAAGACUCGCCGAGCUGCGCUCAAGGGAGUGUCAGCUGGUCGACGCAGGAAGCAACGCCGACCAGGACAGUCUCCAAGACCUCCGCCAGACCAUCAAAGAUCUGGAGGCCUUGCAGCCCGAACUCGAGGAAGUGGGUUCCUCCCUGAACACCAUCUUGCUCCGGUACCGGGAGCUGGCUCAGGGCGGGCCCAUCGACGACACGAUCCACGCGUCCCUGGCGCGAGGCUUCGAGGACCGGCGCUCCAGCGCCCGCUCCGUGGAGCAGGAAUUAGAGCGACUCCGGAAGGUCCUGGUCGCCCUGAACCGCUGGGACGCGCUCCGGGAGCAGCUGUUGCUCUGGCUCACGGAGAAGGACCUGGCCCUCACGAGAAUCGAAAUGGGGCACGGAAACGACGACGACGUACCCGAGGAACUCGAAGAGGAACUCCGUCUUGGGGGUCCGCGGCUGGAGGAGUUGGAGAAACUGGGGGAGGAGCAACAUGGCUGCUUCCUGGCCGGCAUCACCAUGGGCCCCGCCCUGGGGGAACUGCGCCUCUACUGGCACGACCUCUGCCUACGUGCCGCCGCCCUCGCAACAGGAAGGCGACCUCUAGGGGAAUCGGACCAAGAAUCUUCUCAAGAGUGCAUCGUGCCAGCUCAGCAGGAACUCAGUGGUGCAUCUGCAGCGAGCAGCCUGCUGGCGAGCGAGCUACCGGGGACGCUUCCUGGGAGGCUCCCCUUGAGCGGUGCAGCAUCCGAAAACCUGCAACACGUGGUGAUUGUGUGUGCCACAAACGUGGACAACGGUCGGCAGCUGGAAAGAAUACGAACAUCGUUGCAAGAGCCGGACGAAGGUGAUGGCGGAGAUGAGCUGGCCGGCCUGUUGGAGCAGGUAUUCCCAGACAGCGUACCGGAACAGAAGCAGAAGCCUUCCUCUGUGGAACAGGGACUGGCCGAGCUCGAAACCUGGCUCGACUCGGCCUGUUGUCGACUAGAGCCGAUCCAGGUGCCAGACGAUCUGGAGCAGCUCAGCCCUCUCAUUGCAUCUCAUAGGGAAUUCCUGGCCGAAUGUCACCGGAAGAAGUUCCUCCUGGACUGGCUUCAGGCGCAGGACAUUAAGGACUCCCGACUUCGAAAGAGACUCCAGAUUGCUAGCACGAAGUGGGACAAGAUCUGCGAGGAUGCCUGGACGUUCCAAGAACAGCUGCGUGCCGCACUGCUGCGCUGCCCGCAGUACGGCAACGCGCUGAGCCAGCUCUACUCGUGGAUGCUGGCAACCCGGAACUGGCUGAGGACCCCCGAGCAAGGGGACGGGCUCCCGCCACGGCUGCUGGCCGCCCGAUACCGCCAGAUACUGGUGCUGCAGCAACAGCUGAUUCUCUUCGUACCGAGACUGGAGGCCCUGCGGGAAGUCCAGGCCUCGGGACCCUCGGACAACGGCGCAUCCGGAGACGGGACGCAGCGACAGAAGGGGAAGACCAGAGAUGCGAACGAAGUCCUGGCCCUGCUGCGAUCUCUGCUGGCGCUGUGCGCCCUUCGACUGACGUCGCUCAGACAAGACCUCGCCCGAGCUGGCGUCGCACUGCCUCUGCUCGGCCCAGAAGAGGUUGUGUCUUCAACUCUACAAGAUGAGACCACAAGCGGCGCUGGCCUGACGUCGGCAAGACCGUGGACGGCAUUCUGGGGUCGCGUGGCCCGGGCAGCCCUGCCCAUUCAGCUGCUGCUGCUGGUGCUGCUCGGAGCCGCCAGCCUGCUGCCCAUGUCCGAACAGGACUUCAGCUGCGUGCUGACCAACAACUUUGCACGCUCGCUGGACCCCAUGCUGCGCUAUCCGCAGGGACCACCUCCUAUCUGAAGAAGCGAAGGCGACCGCCCGCUCUGUCUUUCAUCCCCGGCACACUGAAGGCCCGUUCACACACGCUCCUCGGUGCCAAUUCAGCGCUAUAGACACAGUGCUGUGUCUGCGCUUCACCAUGUGUCAUCCCACCUUUUCCAGCGUACACGCACAAUGUAGCGCCGACUCGGCAAUAAAUAAGCGCUUGCAGUACUGUCGAUGCAGCGCCGACUUUGCGUUGUCUUAGAGCUACGCUGCGCGUGUGAACGAGCCUUUAGUUCUACGACCUCCGACCCGCGACUGUUCUGAAGGCCGUCGUUAGGGUACGCUUUUGGGUAUAACGAAGGGCUGCAUUCACAGUAGUGUGGCCACAUGGAAUGGGGUGCUGGCCCCAAUUUUUAACUUUACUUUUAGCUAGCUCGGUGCUAGUUGUUAGCACCGUUUGUGAUAUGUUGCUUGCUUGCAUCCGUCUCGUUUGUUGGGCACUGUUUCGAGUGGGCAGGUGCAUUCGGGUGCAUUAUUUCUACUUAGGUGGCUGCUUCAUCACGAAAGGUGUGGCAGCCGCCCGUUCGGAUUGCUAGCGUAUCGUUGCACGCCUGCACCGUUACCCUCAGCGGUGUGCUUUGUCAGCUCUGAACCCCGCAACUAGUCGCGUCAUUUGUUUGUUAUUCCCCGUUUUUUAUACCGUAGGCUUUAUUUUGGAAUAAUGUUUUAGCUGUUUUCAGUUGCAAUUUGUGCACCGUCGUGUCGUGCUAGUGUGAUUGAGCUUUUGCAAUGCCGUCGGCCGCGUGCUGGCAUUCGAAGGGGCACUGCCCACUGUGAUGUUACCGAAUCGGUGCAGAGUCCUUAGAUGUGAUAGCGCCACAUGGCGACUGCUUUGGUGCCUUGCUUGCCAGCUAGUCUUCACCAGUGAGGGCGACAAGUGCAGUAGCUUUAGCUCGACUGCUUGUUACUUCUUUUUCUUGUCGGAUCGGUAAUUUCGGAUUUUAAGGCGGCGACAUCCGCUAAUCGAACGAGUCGCUUCCGAGUGCCGCGUUUUAAUAAUGUUCCUGCCAAGGCGACAGCUCUUAACUGUGGGAAAACAAGGCGAGUUGUACGGGGAGAUGAUUGCAGGAUAAACAACCGAAAGAGUGAACAAUCACCAGCAAAGUGUUCCGUCCUUUGGCACCUGUUUCUAUCAGUGUCUGCAAUCUGUAGACCGGCACCGAUAAGCUGGACGUUACUACUAGACUAGCACAAUAAUGAGCCAGGCCAUGGUACUGGAUCGAGUAAAUUCACUGCGGCUUGGAACGCCGUUUGAAAGCUGUAAAUUUUUGCGGAACUUUGACAGGAAGCGCUAUUUGUAAGAUGUGUACAGGAAGCAAAUAAAACUGUUGAAUUGCUUUUGA